AUGGAGGUCAGAGUCAACGUCCAAGUGACCUCGUUCCAGACCCUGUCCCAAACGCGUCUGAGACAACAGGUUGCCCAAGUGGAUGACCCGAGCCGUCCACUUGACUAUCGAGACGAAUGUUGGAGACGGAUUAAAGUCCAUCAGGAUGAGGAUCCAGAGCUAAAAAGGCUCAAGGAUUAUCUGAAAGGUGACCUGUUAAACAAUGCGUGGAAGGAAGACAAGAAAUUCGCGAAGGGUUCAGACCGAUAUGUUCUAGACUCAAGAGACGUCCUUUACCGUUUGGCUGCGCCUACCCCUGAACGUCCUAGGGAUAAGCGUUCUGAACUUCGACUAGUUGUACCGGAAGCCUUGCGACCAGACAUCCUACACCACGCUCACGAAGAUUUCCAGAGUGGCCAUCAAGGCAUCACCAGGACAUAUGAGCGUCUGCGUUCAGAGUUCUUCUGGAUCGGGAUGUUCCAAGACGUCGAAAUGUUUGUCAAGGAAUGCACGGAUUGCGCGUCCGCUAAGGGGCGACCUCCGAAUCCAGGACCCUCUCCCGGGAAUAUUGAACCGACUGGUCCAUUCGAAGUAGUGUCCAUGGAUUUUGUCACACAUCUCCCGAAGUCGGAACGUGGCUACGUUAUGUGUAAACCCAUGAGAAGCACUACCGCCCAAGACUGUGCUGAAGCCUAUGAAGAGGUCGUGUUCAGGAACUAUGGCGCAAGUUCUGAAAUACGACACGACAGAGAUCCCCGGCUCAUGAGUCGGGUAUUCCGUCGUUUCGGUGAGAUGAUGGGUAUCCAACAGAAAGCAACGCUCGCGUAUCGUCCUCAAGUCCAUGGCCAGCAGGAACGGUCGGGUCAGACAAUUAUGCACAGUAUCAGAGCGUAUGUCGAAGGUCCCGACCAAACCGACUAG